AUGUCUAUAAAAAGCAAAAUAGUUACACAAGUUGAAGAUGGAUAAGCAGAACAUUUAGCUAAAUUAUUAUAUCCUCCAUAUCAAACAUAUUUUCAUUAAGCAAAAGUUGCUCAUUCAAAAUAAACUCUAUUAUCUUCAUUAUAGUAGGUAGGAAUGAAUGUUCAAGAAUUUUAAGAUAAACCUGUUUAAUAGAUCAUGUAAGAAUGCGAAUAAAAGUUAAAGAAAACCUAUACUGUAAAAGUAGUAGGAAUUAAAGAUGGAGAAUUAGCAGUUAUCUCGAAAAGAUUUGCCUUGCCAAAAAAGAAGUCUUUGAAAUAGAUAUCUAAUAAAGGUAUUAAUUAUAUUACUUUGUAGAGGAUCCAAUAUUUUAAUUGUCUUAAUAACCAUACUAAAUUCAUAGUUAAUUUCCAAACAAAUAAUUAAAAGCUGUCAAAAAAGUAAAAGAUCCUUAAGAUGAAGAAUUCAAAAAGAGAUUAUUAAAUUGGUAAGCAGAAUAAUUUGAAAAAAUGAAAGGAAAACCAUAAGCAGAAGAUACAUCAGAUGAAGAAUAAAACUAAGAAUCUCAAUCCUUACCUUAAUCAUCUUCUUUGAAAAAUAAGAAAAGUUUACCUAGAAUCAAACUAUAAAAAAUUAGACGAUCAGAUAGUCCUAAAAAUGAAAAUUCAGAGAAAAUAGGAGAUACAUAAGAAGUAUAUGCAGUAUUUCAUAAUUAAAAUUAAAAUCAAAAAAUGUCAUAUAGUAGAUUAUUAAAUCAUGUAAAUGAUAAAUAGAAAAAGAAUGAAAAAAAUAAUCAUAGUCCUCCAUUAACUAAUUAAUUAGUUGUAGUCAAUAUAAAUAAAAAACCCCCUGAACCUCCUAAAUUAGGUGGUAUUAUAAUGGAAUUAGAUGAAGAACAUGAAAAUUAUUAAUCAGAUAAAAAAUAACAUGAUGAAUAACAAUAACAUUAGACUUAAUAAAGUUCUUCUUUAUAAAUUACACAAUUUGUUUUGAAUGACACAGAUGCUAUGCAAAAGAGACUUAAGAAAAUAUAAGAAAAAUUACACCAUAGUGAACCAGAAGGAUUAUUUUGA